GCAGUGAGUGCUCGGAAAUUCGAAUGAGGGUGGAAAGGGACAUAAAGGUAAACAAGUCUGAUCGAAUGACCGAAAUUCCUUAACUCCUGUUUUCGGAUACAUGUUCGGGGAAUAGAGGGAAUAGACAUGAGUGACCGAACCGGAUACGACACGGGUGAUCGUUCUACGUUCUGUAAGGAAUCCGGGCCGGUAUAACGAAUUACCGUUAAAUCGUACAACUGUCAAAUCCAAGUGAUAUAAGGAGAAUAAAGACGUCGCGCCGACAACGGGAACCGUGGCUCGCGUGAUACUGAAAUUCAAUAUAAUUGAAUGAGAUGCACACUAUGGUCAUCGAAAUAACACUAAUAAUCGUUCGUAUCGCAGUUGGCUUGGCCAUGUAUCAAGGAUCCUCGGCAUCAUCCUCAAACGAAGAUAGCGUCGCUUCCAUAAAAAUCGGGAAGUGCUGCGAAUCCAACGAACUGAUUGUCGAUGAUCGAUGUACACCGAUAGGAGAAGCGACACACGGAGAAGGACUGUGGAGGCCGACAUUUACCAACGAGGAUGGACGUCGAUUAAACGUCCAGCCAAAAUUUGAAUUCAAAUUUGGUCUACCAAAGUGUAAAAAUAACGAAAGACAGUGGAAGAUAUACAACGCUCCAAACCCUCCCAACAUGGAUUUAUUAAAAAUCCUCUCGUCUGGAAAGCUGCGACAUUGCACCCAGUGUAACUUCGACAAUACGGACUGGACUGCCGAUGAGCUGGCGGAAGAUGAACAGGAGAAUGCCAAAAACAAGAGAUACUACGACUAUGAGUUUGGAACCUACUGUGCUGACAAGAUAAUAUUACGCAAGGAAAACAUCUCAACAUUCUAUGCACGUGUAUGUUUGCCGAUAAAGAAACACGUCAUGCAUACAGACACAAUGAUGCGGCGAAUUAUAGAUCCAUCGUUUCGAGCUAUCUCCGUUGCCUGCUAUCUCUUCGUUGCGGUUGUAUACUUUGUUUUACCGCAGUUGAAGAACUUGAUUGGAAAUAUUGUAACGAGUUUGAUGCUGUGCCUUGUGACAAAUCAUUGUGCGGCAAUGGUUAGAAUUUUUCCUGAAUUUGGCAGCCAUGUGAGCUUUUUGAUCGCAGAUGUGGUUAUGUAUGUGUCACUGAUGUCCGCAUUCUUCUGGUUAAGCAGUUUGGGCUACUAUAUAUGGAAGACUUUUAGAUCACGCAAUAUUUUCCUCCGCUCGACCGAUGGAAAAAAGUAUUGUUACUACUCUCUCUAUGUGUGGUCCCUAACCGCAGUUAUAGGAACAAUGGCGAUUUUCUCUCACUUUAUGUUAGACACGAACAAACCAAUAAUAGCCGACACGCCAGACAUCCCCCAGGAAACCAUAGGGUGGCUGGCUGUGGCAGUUCUUUUCACGCCCGUCGCAUUCAGUGUUAUUUUUAAUGUAUGGUUCGUUGCGACGACCACAAAUUUUAUCAAACGAAUGAACACGUAUGGUAGAAUUCAUCAUAAAAUGAAGUAUAGUUUCAGAAUGUUUGUAUUUCUAUUUAUUAUCAUGGGCGUCGCCUGGUCAUUUACCCUACUUUCCUGGAUGAGAUCCGAAUUGGAAUACUGUUCCAUUGUCAUAAAUUUGUUGCAAGCCAUUCUAAUUCUGUAUGUAUGCGUGUUUGGUCAAAGAAGAGUCACUUGCUUGUUAAGAAAAACGUGCAACUGCUGCAGUCCAGGUGAGGCGACUCAGGGUCUUGACUGGGGUGAAGAAAUGACAGCUAUGAACCUGGGUUAGCUAUGUUGCACAUUGCCAAGUCCCUACGGCUGAUUAAUAAUUUCAUUGUCAACUAGUUCGUGAAAUCUACAUUCCACAAAUGAAUCUAUUUUUCCCAUGACCUGAUAAGUCUUUUCCAUUCCACCGUACUAAUGCAAAUCUAGAACCUCGAACAUUUCAUUGGCAGCAGCCUCACUAUCCACAUAAAUUCCAAUCAUUCCGAAUGACACAAAUUUCAGCAGUAGGGGUACUUUGUUUCUAAAAUUUCAAGCAAUUUUUACAAUUAGCCCGGUCCGAUAAUCAAAUCCUUUGAUGCAAUCGCACCGUAUCCAAGUACUUAACUAAUUAUAUACAUGUUGCUGUUUGAGUCGUCAUGCGAGACUGAUAAAACAAAUUAUGAAGUAUAUUAGCCUGUCACAUGGUCUUGUAAAAAGUUUAUUCCAACUUCGAGUAGCACAUCUAUUGUUAAGUAAAGGAAAUUUCUCAAUUAGUAUUAGGACCAAGCUCAUCGAUUGAAGAGUAACUCUGUACCUUGCACAGUGCCUUUGUUUUGGAAUAUUUAAUGAUAAUAUUUACAGAACACUAAUGCACUUUAAGGCUCUCUCACUUAUUUAGCGUAACGAUCUCAAAUCUUUAUAUAUAAAUCUACUAAUUGACAUGAAUAAAAAUUUUUUAAUCUGCA